CAAGACAUUUCAGCUAAUGAGGACGUUUUGAGGCCCUGGCUCCUCCCCCUCGCUGUGACUCGCGCUGUGCUGUUUUGACUGCAGCACGUGAGUCCCAGCCGCGGUACAUGGAGUUCCGGUAGGAGCAGCUGAGGGAAGAUGUCCAGGAAAAGAACCGCAGAGUCGGUGUCCGAACCCAGUAACACCCCGGAGAAGAAGCGGCCCUGCUGGGGCAUUCUGAUCAGCCAAGGGUCCUGGGCAGAUCGCUCUCCACUCCAUGACGCAGCCUCUCAGGGUCGCCUGCUGGUCCUGCGCAGGCUAUUGGCUGAGGGAUAUCUUGCAAACACCAACACCAUCAACCACGUGACGCCUCUCCAUGAAGCUUGUCUGUCAGGACACGUGGCAUGUGUUAGGGCGUUAUUAAGUGUUGGAGCUAAUGUAAAUGCUGCCACUAUCGAUGGCGUCACUCCUCUGUACAACUGCUGUGCCUCAGGGAGUAUUGGCUGUAUGGAACUGCUGCUGCAGAAUGGAGCGCACAUGCACACACGACAUGCACAUUUCCCUUCCCCUUUGCACGAAGCCUGCAGGAGAGGUAACAGCCAGUGUGUGGAGUCCCUUCUUUUUCAUGGAGCAGAUCCAGACUAUCAAGUCCCCCACUUGGGCUCUCCUCUCUAUGUGAGCUGUCUACACCAACACAUGGCCUGCUCAAAGAUUUUGUUGGACAGAGGAGCCAGUGUUAAUGCAGGCAGAGGAGGUGAAAGCCCUCUGCAUGCAGCUGCCAGACAGGACUGUGCAGAUCUGGUGUCAGUUUUACUCGACCAUGGAGCUGAAGCCAAGCUCAGAGAUGGCAACGGCCAGCGGCCAGUAGAUCUUGCACCCCCUGGUGGAAAGACACAUCAGCUGCUUGUGACAUUUGAAGUGUCACCGAGAAGUCUCUGCCAGCUGUGUCGUCUCCGGAUCAGGAAUGUGAUUGGGCGAGCCAGAUUUAAGCAGCUUCCUCUCCUCCCUCUUCCUUCACUUCUCACUCAAUAUUUGGAACACAUAUAGAGCAACGUCACAUAGGCUGCAUGCCCACACCAGCAUGUUACCUUCUAUACUAUUCAGUCUUGGUGUAGUGAAAACACGUAGUAUUUCCUGCAAACAUAUCACCAUGGCUUCAACUGGAUAAAGGAACUACAGUACUCACUGAAGAUGCACAUCAUACUCCCACUUAUGAUGUACUAACUUUGUAUUCCCGUAACCAACUAGAGCCAUUUUUUUGUUGGAAAAUAUUUUCAGAUUGGAUAACCACAAUAUCUGUACCUCAGUGUUAUUCAGGAAUAUUUUUUUAUUUUGUGAAUGUCAGAAAGCUUCUCUGAUUGGAGCUAAUUUCCAAUAUGCAUUUGUUCAUACAUGCUAAUGAAAAGCUAUUAGAUAAUUUCUCUUAGUGAGGUGCUCAGCUGUAACAUCACAAGAUUGAUACGUUACUAUUUGAUUGGAUGCAAUGAACCACUAUUUAUUUAUUAUUUUAGAAAGCAAACUGAUUUGCACAAUAAGAUUAUGUAAAUCCUACAGUGUAUAUUGUUGAUUGUGGCAGCUUUUAAACAGGACUGCAAAGUUAACCAAUAAUUACUGUUUUAUUGCAUAAUGGUUGGCUGUUUGAUUCCAGUGUUGAACUUUGGAACAAUAUUACAACUAUUAUUCUCCAUAGUAGAGAACAUGCUGAGUUAUCAGAUUAUAUUUAACACACAGGGGCGUUUUUAUCCAGGUGGAAUGAAAACAGUGAUGAAAAUGAUCACUAUCAGUCCACAAAUGUUAGUGUACCAGCAUAUGGAAGCUGAAUCAUAAGGAGGUGGACGUACAACGGAGCAGAAAGGAAUGCUGUUUGAGGGGCGGAUGAUUUGUUCUUCUGAACUGUGCCUCAAAAUGUAAGUGAUGCUGUGCUGUUAAAGUUUUCCAUUAAUACUGUUCCUUGUUCUACUUCUACCUCUUCUGGUAGAUGACUGAGGAGAUCCUAAAGUGAGGAUGUGAAAGAAUAAAAAACCUUAACAGGCAAUAAAGCAGGUGUAAAAAAUUCAAAA